UUUUUUUUUUUUUGAUUUUUUGCUAAGAGGUGUUGGCGUUUUUUAAACGAUUUCCCCAAUUUUCCGUAAAUUGAAUCUUUUAUUUACCAAGAAAAUGCUAAAAAAGUGUUAACUAUUUAAUAAACCAUAAAGUCUUAAGCAAAUUAUUUACGACCAUGGCAUUUUUAGAUGAUUGUGUUAUAGUGUUUGUGUCCCAGGUAUUAUUCUUUGCUGGCGGCUGGAUAUUCUUUGUUAAACAAUUAUUUAAGAAUUAUGAGAUACGUCACAUUUCAGUACAAUUGAUAUUUUCGGUGACAUUUGCCCUGUCACUGACUAUGUUUGAAUUGAUUAUUUUUGAGAUUUUGGGUGUCUUGGAUUCCAGCUCGCGUUAUUUUCACUGGCGUUUGGGCCUGACUUCGUUGCUGCUAAUGAUUAUUGCGGUUAUACCUUUAUAUAUUUGUUAUUCCGUCAUACAUAGUAUAUCGUUUGUUUCUGAAAAAUGGGUUCGUAUUAUGACCAUCUGUUGUUGGUUUAUAUUCCUCUAUGGUCUGUGGCGCAUAGGAGAACCCUUUCCCCUGCUUAGUGUUUCCAAUGGCAUAUUAACAAUCGAACAAGGUGUGUCACGCAUUAGUGUUAUAGGCGUAACAGUAAUGGCCAUUUUAUCGGGUUUCGGAGCGGUCAAUUGUCCCUAUCAAUCAAUGACUUAUUUCAUAAGACCAGUUUCCCAAACUGAUAUUAUCAACUUGGAAAGAAGACUGCAAUUAACCGUUGAUAUGUUAACGUGUAAAAAGAAGCGUGUGGCUUUGGAAAUGCAUCGGCGUAAUAAGACCAAUCAAACCAGGCCCAGGCUAUGGAGUAUAUUAAGUUCGGCGGUGAAUAGAAUGGAUUCAGGGGGAGAAAAUAUCAAUCAAUUGCGCAUGGAAAUCUAUGGCUUGGAAGAGCUGUUGCGCCAACUAUUUUUGGAAAUCAACUAUUUGAAAAACAUGCAGGAACGCCAAAAAUGGUCCCAAACCCUACAGGGCAAAUAUUUUAAUGUUAUAGGGCAUUUCUUUAGUGUCUACUGUUUGUGGAAAAUAUUUAUUUGCUGUGUUAAUAUAAUAUUCGAUAGAGUGGGACGCAAAGAUCCAGUCACCAAAGGCCUAGAAAUAGCCGUACACUGGUGUGGUUUCGAUAUAGAUUUGGCAUUUUGGAAUCAACAUAUCUCCUUUCUGCUGGUAGGCUGUAUGGUGGUUACCUCUAUCAGAGGUUUAUUAUUAACUUUAACUAAGUUUUUCUAUCGCAUUUCCUCUAGCAAAUCUUCCAAUAUUAUAGUGUUAAUUUUGGCCCAAAUAAUGGGCAUGUACUUUUGUUCCUCCGUCUUGUUAAUGCGCAUGAAUUUGCCCGCCGAAUACCGUGUCAUUAUAACCGAAGUUUUGGGCAAUUUACAUUUCAAUUUCUAUCAUCGUUGGUUUGAUGUUAUAUUCCUGGUCAGCGCCUUAUCCACCAUUGUUGUAUUGUAUUUAUCCCAAAAGCCCUGGAAUUAUGGUGAUUCCUCUUUAGAUUAAUUAUUAAAUUUUUAUUUAUCUACAAAUUAAAAGUAUUUUGAUAUACUUGUCAUCUAUAUAUGCGUAUGAUGUGUAAAUUAUAUUACAAUUUAAGACCAUAUUCUUUAAUUUUCUUUUAAAAUUUUAGAAUAUUUUCAUUUAUAGAUAUCUGUUUGCCUAAAAAAGACUUGUUUUCUUCUUACUUCUUACUUUUAUUAUCUUGUGUCUCUCUUUAUCUUUAUAUAUUUAAAAAAAAUAUAAUUUAUAUAUUUAAUUUGCAUUAAAUUUAAUAUUUAAUAUAUAUUUUAUGCACAAUAUCUAAUUUAAACACAUUUAUAUAUAUCUUAUUUAUAAAUAUAAGUUAUAUUUAGUUAAAUAGAUAAACCUUAAAACCAAAAGAAUUUAAAUAAAUAAAACAUCUUAUAUAUUUUUGUGUAAAAA